AUGGCUCUGCCUUCCGACGGCGGCAGCGCUGCCGCCUACUACUGGGUGCCCGUGAACACCGAUGACGCGUACGUGCUCGGCCGCAAGUCCGGCGCGGGCUUCGUCGACGCGGACAGCGGCGAAGCCAUCGACGCCGUCGCCGCGGCGGACUGCUACGCCGUGGCCAGCCCGGCGGCGGCGCGCGCCGUCGUCGCGGACAUGGUGCAGAUGCACGAGGUGAACCGCGCGUCGAUCCUGCACGUGCUGCGCGCGCGCUACGGGUCCGGCGACAUCUACACGGCCAUGGGCUCCGUGCUCGUGGCGACGAAUCCCUUCGAGCGCCUCGACGCCGUCUACGCGCGGGCGACGCUCGGUCGCUUCGUGGACCCGCAGACGCCCGACGAGGACCUCGAGCCCCACAUCUGGUUCACGGCGCGGCGCGCCUACCGCGCCCUCGUCUCCCACGGCGUCGGCCAGUCGUUGAUCGUCUCCGGCGAGUCCGGCGCGGGCAAAACGGAGACGACGAAAAAGGCGCUCGAGUACGUCGCCGCGGCGAGCGCGACGCGCGGCGACGGCGGCGGCGGCGGCGGGGCCGUGUCGGCGAAGGUGCUGUCGGCGUCGCCGAUCCUCGAGGCCUUUGGGAACGCGAAGACGCUCCGCAACGACAACAGCAGCCGCUUCGGCAAGUACCUCGAGGUCGUCCUGGACGGCGGCGGCCGCGUCGUCGGCGCGAAGACGACGAACUACCUGCUGGAGAAGUCGCGCGUCGUCCGGCAGGCGCCGGGCGAGCGCGGCUACCACGCGUUCUACCACUGCGUAGCCGGCGAGAACGCGCGCGCGGAGCACCCCGGCGGCGACGCGGUGUCCGCGGCGGCUUUAGGCGCGCGCCUGGGCAUCGGGUCCCGCGGCGCCGAGACCUUCGCCUACGCGCGCGGCGGCGGCUGCGUCGAGAUCCCGGGCGUCAACGACGUCGCGGAGCUCGACGCCGUGCUGGAGGCGGCCGUCGCGCUGAACGUCGCCGAGGAGGAGCGGCGGUGGAUCUACGGCGUCGUCGCGGCGGUGCUCCACCUCGGCGACGUCGCCUUCGAGGCGGCGGGCGGCGGCACGGACGCGUCCAAAGUCGUCGACGGGACCGCGCCGCUCGACGUCGACGCGGCGCGCCUCGGCCGGGCGCUCGUGACGCGGACCAUCUCCGCCGGCGGCCGCGGGUCCAUCAACGUCGUCGUGCUGGCGGCGGGCGCCGCGGGCGACGCGCGCGACGCGCUGGCGAAGGCGCUCUACGCGAAGCUCUUCGACUGGGCCGUGGAUCGGGUGAACCGCGAGAUGGAGGCGCCCGCCGGCGAGGCGAAGACCAUCGGCGUGCUCGACAUCUUCGGGUUCGAGAUCUUCGAGUCGAACUCCUUCGAGCAGCUCUGCAUCAACCUGACGAACGAGCAGCUCCAGAACAAGUUCAACCGCGACAUCUUCGAGCUCGAGCUCAGGCUCUACGCGGACGAGGGCGUGCCCUGCGACGGCGUCGAGUACAAGGACAACUCGGACGUCAUCGCGCUCCUGGGCGACGUGCUCGCCAUGCUCGACGAGGAGGCGCGGCUGCCCCGGGGCUCCGCGAAGAGCUGGAGCAGCAAGGUGGGCAAGAAGCACGACACGCACGCGCGCCUCCGCGUCGACAAGCGCGCCGCGGGCGAGGCCUUCGGCGUCGUGCACUACGCGGGGUUGGUGACCUACGACGUCGACCAGUUCCUGGUGAAGAACGUGGACCAGCUCAGCGGCGACCUGUCGAGCUGCGUCGCGGGCUCGUCGCACGAGAGGACGGCCGCGCUGCUCACGUGGAACGACGCGCCCGCCGCUGCCGCGCCGCGCGCGCGCGGCGGCCGGGGCUCCGGCGGCGGGAGCAAGACGACCGUGUCGAAGAAGUUCCGGGGCCAGCUCGCGUCGCUGACGACCGCGUUGAACGCCACGGAGCCCCACUACGUGCGCUGCGUGAAGCCGAACAUGGAGAAGGUGAAGCGCGUCUUCCGGUCGCCCGUCGUUCUGGAGCAGCUGACCUACGCGGGCGUCUUCGAGACGGUGACGAUCCAGCAGAGCGGCUGGCCCUUCCGCAGCCCCCACGAGCGCUUCGCGACGCGCUAUUUCGUGCUA